AUGCCGAGUUCGAAGAAGGACAGAAAGAACGCGAAAGAUGGUGCAGUUAGCGCCGCGGUGACAAAACUCGCCGCGGGCAAGUUCGCAAACGGCAGCCCUUCCAAGAGCCCUCCGUCCGAUGCAUCGUCGCCUCCCGUCCGUUCUCCCGACAUUAGACCCAUAACUCAAGACCCGUCCCCAUACGAUGGGCACCCCACCGUCUCGCCCUCUCUGGAUGCACUUUCCACCACAUCCGCAUCGGCUGCAAGUACAAACCACGACUGGGCAAGAGGAGGGCUCGCUGGCUCUCCAGGCAACUUGAUCAGUCUCAUGGGCGAGUCGCCGCCCACUCAACCUUCCUCCUACGAAGACUCUGGUCGCCUCCACCACGGAUGGGCCGUCCAGCGCCAGUCCCUGACGCCCCAGACUGCUUCGCCAUCUCCUCCCAACAGCAUGCCAAACCAUAUGAAGCGGCCUCUCAGCUUCCAGAUGGAUGCGCAAUUUCCCCUUGAAGCCUACCAUCAGCCGGCUGCAGCUGCAGUAUACCGUCGCAGCUCCAUGCAGUCGCAAAUGUCCCACGCCCGAGUAGGCUCCCAACCCCCGCUCCCUCAUCAGGCCCAGCCGCAUUUUUACAGUGCUCCUGACAUCGACUUUGAUAUGGCUUCCAAGGCUGGCAUGAAAGCCGGCGAUAAGGGCUAUUACUUUGGCUUCGAUACACUCCCUGCUGCACACAACGAAUUCGCUCCAGGAUCAGACAAUGUUGCGCUGGCGGGCUAUGAGGGUGGUCUCGAAGUUUAUUCAGUCAGCAAGCGCGGCCUAGAUCGGGUUGCCGGCCUCAAAGGGUUGCGAGGAGGCGUAUACGAUGCCAAGGUCCUUCCUUGGUCAACUCCUGGAGACAAGGCCGAUGAUUCUCCACUCGUGGCUGUCGUCAUUCACGGGCCUGUGCUACCACAAACAUCGCCAGAGAUCGCAAUUCAAGCGGCAAACGACAACAUUACCGAAGACAGAGCUGAUGUGCCAGGUAGCCCUCGAGCUGAUGGCAGCCAGAAGGGAGGCCCUUCCGGCCGAUUCACGCCUGCCAUCGAGUUCUACCAGACAUCCGUCGAGCUAUAUUCUCUCAAGACCGGCAAACUCGUCGACGUGCUUCUACAAGCUCCCAAAGUCCCUCUGGCAACACCCGUAACGAGCCCGAUCUUCAAGGCGCCGCCGCUGACGGGUGCUUUCACGAUCAAAGCUGAUGCUGGAAACAUUGCAAUCGCCUCUGGAGUGAGUGGAGAAUGCUGGGUUUACCGUUCUAUCCUGGAUUCCAACGACGGCACAGUUCGCUUCGGUUGUGUUGGUAAACUCUGGACCAGCCUCCAACAGCCCCCUCGAGCAGAGGUUGCCGAGGAUGCUGAACGCCGCCACUCACCUGUGCCUCCUCGUCCCAACCCGCAGACCCCAAUCCUGUCGCUCAACGGGAAGUGGAUUGCCUACUGUCCUCCAGCCGCAUCUUCGCAAAUCGCUCUGCGCGCUCAUGUACCUGUGGUCAUUCUCGGUAAAGCCCCGGGCAUCUCUUCGGUGACGUCUCCUGUGCUACCCGCGGUCACUGGAUCUGUUGAUUCUCCCAUGGCCGAGAGCAUGGUCAACAAGAUUAUGCGUGAAACAACGCAAGAGUUGAUCUCUGGAGCAAAGUGGGUUGGCCAGCAAGGACUGUCGGCCUGGAAUUCGUACUGGAACAAGAAUGCGAACCAGGCGCCUCCGAUGCAGUCUCGAUCCCCUCCUGUGACAGCGCAGCAAUGGGCAGGGUCGUAUCCUCCUCGACACGACGCAAACCAAUUCCCGCCGACUCACGGUACACCUGGUCAAGCAGUGACUAAAGACCCCGGUCUGGUCUCUAUCCUCGACAUGGACAGUUUGCCAACUUCGGCCACCUUGCACCCGCUCAUCACCUUUGCAUCUCCACUUGGCUGCAGCUUCCUGUCCUUUUCACCGACUGGGCUAUCUCUAUUCACAGCAAGCGGCAAGGGCGACGUGCAGACUGUAUGGGAUUUGAUGUGCAUUCAGUACACCAAGUCGUCACCUCUUCAGGUGAUCGCGGCUAACAACGCAGUCGGCCCACGAGUGCGCCAGGUCGCGCAAUUCUCACGGAUGACCGUUGCUCGGAUCGUCGACGUGGCUUGGUCGAAACCCAACGGGGAGCGGAUUGCAAUGGUCACGGAAAGAGGGACCGUUCAUCUCCUUGAAAUGCCUUUCAGUGCCUUCACCUGGCCGCCGCCUCGCCGGCGCAAGGCCACGGAAGAAAACGGCGCCCCCGCGUCAGAUGCACCUAACUCAGCUGUAUCGAUCGCAUCCAGUGCCUUUGGCGCUGCCUACCAUGCCGCCAGACCUUUGAUCACUCGGCCGCGUAGGAGCAGCGUGAACGCUCAAGGCUUGGCCGGUGGCAACUUUGUCGAUUCAGCCAGCGUUGGAGGCAGAGCCAUUGCUGCGAGCAUCAGUCAUUCCCUGGGCAAAACCGGCGUCGCCAUAAACCAGCUGCGCCACACGGGAGACAACCGCGUUUCUCUGCCACAAAGCUCGCUUCUGCCAGCUUCAUCAUGCGUCGUAUGGAUCACUGGUAGAAAAUACCAUACUCUGUAUGUGGUCGGCGACGGCCUAGUGCGAACAUUCCCAUCCAAGACUCGUCGGCCGUCGGCGGCUGCCAACAAGCAGCGUACACCUCGAGGAGUUCGAUACAAGGACUUUAAGGUGCCGGCACUCCCCGACGAUGGCUUUUCGCCAGCUGUUCGGCAAUUCAUCGACUCGGACGAGUAUCUGGACCUGUCAGACCGAGAAAUGGACGUGGGCAAGACGCUGACGCUUGACCCGCGCGCCAGACCGCUCCAAGUCGAUCUGAGUGCGGAAGCAUCCAUCCCGCAAGCCGAGAUCGAGUCCAGCGCGCCAUACCAGCCUUUCCAUACCGACAGGCGAGUGGCUUUGUAUGAGUAUGCAAGUCCACCAGCGGCCUUGGCUCCAUCGCUUGCUGCGCUGAUGGCCGAUACCACACUGGAGGAUCACGCAACGCCCAAGCAAAAGAAGAGACAGCAGCAGCGUGUGCGCGCUCAAGAAACAACUCUUGAGACAAACUGUUCGCAACCUUGGGCAUUUGGUCAGUCACUCAACCUGGUGAAGCUCGAUACUGGGCAUCUCUCGGUUUCGGAAGACGAAUUCAACAUUUCGGAUGAUCACCGCGCGCUCCCGCUUUCUUCGAUGGAGAGAGUCAUGCACCGUGGAGAGAACGGCGAUGAGAUUGUUGUCACAACCCGACGACGACGUGGGGCGAGGCACACGGAGGAUGAGGAUGGCUUUUUCGAGGAUGAUUGUGAAGUGCUUGACUUUGCAGAUCAGAGAGUUUGA